AUGAUCGGUGAUAUGAGCUCAAAUUGGAAAAUGCUAGACGCCGACACCGCCAAGAACGACGAUGUGGAAGACUUUUGGGUGCCAUGGAGAAACGACAGUAUGUUUUUACGGUUCCCUAAUGAUCCUUUUGACAACCCUUCUGACUCUCUUUCGAACCCUCUAGAGUGGACUAGAACCGCCACAUUUGGAACCAACAACGAAUUUGCGCAGAAACUGAAGGAAUACGGAGUGAAACAACCGCCUCCGGAUGGCAUUUCAGUGCGGAACAAUGACAAGGAAUCAUGGACGUUCAAGAGAGACUAUCGUGCUACAUGGAUCACUGAUGGCUCCAAGCCUGACGACUGGUGGAACUUUGUUAGCCGCCGCUGGUACAGUGAAGGCUACGAGGGAGAUGCAGGAGGCGAGGCGAUCUUUUGCGCAAUGAAUCACUUCGGUCAGGACAAUGUGUACAAGUUGGAGACUGAAAAAGGGAAAAAGUAUAAUGGCUUCUGUCUUAGGAAUGACGGCUCAGGCAUGGCGACCGACUGGCAACAAAUGCACAAUCUGGGCAAAUGCUUGAUCACAUUUGGCAACACACAGGGCCAAACCCCGGACUCGACCAAUACCAAGAGAGAUAGCCAAAGUUGGAAUGGCUGGGAAGUUGAACGCGUGGAAUUUGUCGAUUGA